AUGUACUUUUAAAAUUUUGACGUAUAAUAAUAAAACAGCUUUAAUCACUCCGAAAUAUAAGCAUUUGAUUUGUAUAAAAAACUACUGAAUAUUCUAUUCAUUCACAGUUACAGUUUAUAAAUUAUAAAAUAAAAUUUUUAAAAUGUUUUAUAUCAGUUGUAUGAUAAGUAAAAUUACUUCAUGUAAUAUAAAUACCCAGGUCAUAUGAUUUCAAACUUCGCGACCAAGACAUUUCCCAAUCACCAGUCAAUAGCCACCGGUUUCUAUGAGGAGAACCACGGAAUCAUUAACAAUGAGUUCUUUGAUCCCAAAUAUAACGAUACCUUUGAUAUCGAUAAUUCACCCGAUUAUUGGUGGACUGAAUGGUUGGGCACACCUGUUUGGAUUGUAAACCAAUUGUACGGUCGUAGGAGUGGAUCAAUGCAAUGGCCCAGUAGUCAAGUCGUGUAUAUGAAUCAAACCGUUAGAUACCAUCAAAGCUAUAACCCUGCGAUGCCAUGGGAUACAAGAGUCGAUACAAUUAUAGAGUGGAUAACCCACAAAAGUGAACCGGCUAAUUGUAUUUUCUUAUAUUUCAAUGAGCCGGACACUACUUCGCAUAUUUAUGGACCUUUUAGUAACCAAACCAAAGGUCAGGUGCGAAGGGCUGAUAAUAUAGUGGGAUAUUUGUUGCAAAGUUUGGAUACAAAGAAUUUGUUAAAGAAAACUAAUUUAAUAAUACUAUCAGACCAUGGAUUCGCUGAAAUCAAGGAAAACCAAGAAAUCAAUUUAAAUGACAUAAUAGAUCCUAAUAUGUACGACAUGUACGGCAAUUCUCCAGAUUGGCAUAUACUUCCUAAGCCCGGUCUUUUGGACAAUGUCUAUGAGAUACUACUGAACGCAUCGAAAACACUACCUUUUACUGUCUAUAAAAAGGCUGACAUCCCUGAGCGCUACCACUACAGCAAGAAUCGCAGAAUUCUACCCAUUUUUCUCAUAGCAGAUGAGGGAUGGCAAGUGCAUCGGACGGCCAGUCCAGUGCCUUUAAAGGGUAAUCACGGGUGGGAUAACCGGUUGCCAUCAAUGAGGCCGCUGUUCAUGGCGAGUGGACCGGCGUUUAAGCGUCGAUAUUAUCACAACCGGGUGUUUCUCAAUACAGAUCUCUUUCCACUAAUGCUACGAAUAUUAGGUCUACCCUUAAAGCCUUUCCCAAGUGAUGGUUCACUCGACAGUGUCAUCGAUUUGUUAGGAAAUAAUGAAAGUAAUCAUAGUAUCAGACAAUUAUCGGCAAGUCUUUCCCGAGUGAUGGUUCUCUCGAUAAUUCCAAUAAGUAGUCCACCGAUUCUUAUAGUCAUAUCGUUUGAUGGCUUUCGAUACGAUUAUGUAUCGCCAGAGUCGACGCCAACCCUCUAUAAACUUCGUACAAACGGAGUGAGCGGUAAGUAA